GCCGACCGAAAUCCCAAACAAGGAAAUGGUGGGGUAAUAAAACGAUCGGAUCAUUUAAUUAAUGCAUGUAAUAAUUAAUAUUUUAUUUUAUUGUAAAUUAAGAAAUGUUUAUGGGUUAAAAUGGACCACGACUUCAAAACGAAGCUCGCCGCCGAGAGGGAGAGAGUGGAAGAUCUGUUUGAAUAUGAAGGUUGUAAAGUGGGUCGCGGCACGUACGGGCAUGUUUAUAAAGCCAAGCGUAAAGACGGGAAGGAUGAGAAGGAGUAUGCGCUGAAACAGAUAGAAGGCACUGGUAUUUCCAUGUCUGCCUGCAGGGAAAUUGCUUUGCUGAGAGAGUUAAAGCAUCCAAACGUCAUCGCCCUGCAGAAAGUAUUUCUCUCUCACAGUGACCGCAAAGUCUGGCUCCUCUUCGACUAUGCUGAGCAUGACCUGUGGCACAUCAUAAAAUUUCAUCGAGCAUCAAAGGCCAACAAGAAACCCAUGCAGCUACCGAGGGGGAUGGUGAAGUCUCUGCUUUACCAAAUCUUAGACGGCAUCCAUUACCUGCAUGCCAACUGGGUCCUGCACAGAGAUCUGAAACCUGCCAAUAUCCUGGUCAUGGGGGAAGGCCCAGAACGAGGAAGAGUCAAAAUUGCUGAUAUGGGUUUUGCUCGACUAUUUAACUCUCCACUGAAGCCUUUGGCUGAUCUGGACCCAGUGGUCGUCACAUUCUGGUACCGAGCACCCGAACUACUGCUCGGGGCGAGACACUACACCAAAGCAAUCGAUAUUUGGGCAAUAGGCUGUAUCUUUGCAGAGCUGUUGACGUCAGAACCAAUCUUUCAUUGUCGACAAGAGGACAUAAAGACCAGCAAUCCUUUCCAUCACGACCAGUUAGAUCGCAUAUUCAGCGUCAUGGGCUUCCCAGCAGAUAAAGACUGGGAAGAUAUCCGGAAGAUGCCAGAAUAUCCGACUCUACAGAAAGAUUUCAGAAGAACCACAUAUGCCAACAGCAGUCUUAUCAAAUACAUGGAGAAACAUAAAGUCAAGCCAGACAGCAAAGUGUUUCUACUGCUCCAGAAAUUGCUGACUAUGGACCCCACCAAAAGAAUACUCACUCACUCACUCACACACACACACACACCUUUGUGUGCUUUUAGUGUAUUUGCAGGUUGUCAGAUUCCAUACCCCAAACGAGAGUUUCUAAGUGAGGACGAACCAGAGGAGAAAACAGAGAAGAAUCAGACGCAGCAGCACCAGCAGACGGCUGCACAGACGCAGACACAAACGCAGACACAGCAGGCUCCAACACAGCAGAGCUCAGCGCAGACCAACGGCACAUCAGGCACUGCAGGGGCCAACACGGGCCCCUCCAUACAGCAUGGACAGGAACAGGGGCCACCAAACAAAAAACCUCGCACCUCAGGAACCAGUGCUCUUCAAACAGACUACCAGCACUCCAGCUCGCGGCUUGGUUACCAGAGCAACGUCCAAGGCCCCACCCAGUCGCAAAGCACUAUGGGAUACUCGUCCUCAUCUCAGCACUCUCAUCAGUCUCAUCGAUACUGAGACUCAAAAACAUACAUGAGCACUUAAAAGAAAUAUUAACCACAAGCAUAAACCAGGCAAGUCAGUGUUGUCAUUCAAAUAAAUUGCUGGGUCUGUCCCGUAAUAUUGCCCCAAUAUAAACAUAAAACUUACAAAGCCUCCUGCCAUCCCACAAUUCUCAGCAAAUGCUACUCCAACCAAAGCACAACUUUACAAUCCCUUUCUUUCAAUCAGAGCUCCUCUGAAGAACCAGAGCCAAAAUCAUCAAUCAAAAUUUGACUUUUUCCUCAAAAUCUCAACAGUUUUUCAAUACAUUAAAACAUCCAACACCAACCAUACCUAACGGUCUGCUGACUGUUUAGCAUCUUUAAUGCUUACUCAUUCUUAUUUUACCACCAUUAGACCAAAACAGUCUCGAAAUGAUCAGCCAAAUGCUAUUUGGGUCAUAGCUACAGAUAGACCCAAUGAAUGUGUGCAAUGCUGUGUCUGUCCUUUUGGGCCUACAGCUUAAAAUCGACUAGUGGGACACCAGACUAAUGCGUAGUCAGUAACACGAUCCAAACUUCAGCAUUACUGAUUGCAGCUACAGCCUUUCUGAGAUUCCCCCGUAUGACAACCCUGAAACUAAUCAAAUAGAAACAUCUACGGUAUAUAAGCAGCUGUACAUAGAAACCGAAAUCCCCUCUUAUCUCUCUCCUCCUCCUCUUUCCCAGUAAAGGGAGCUGCCUGCAUGUACGGACAGUCGAGCAGAGACUGGAUUUGUGUGACAUGUGUGUGCAUAUUUUAAAGACUGAACAAAGAGCAUCUCUCAUAGCUAUCGUGCACCAUUGCAUUAUUACACACAUCUUCUUUAGUAGUGUAAGAGAGUUUUUUUGUUUUUUUUUGUAAAGUAUACACUCACACAAUACACUUUUCAUCCCUUUUUUGCGUUAGCUACAGUAACGACCAAUAAAAAUAACAUCAGCUAUCAAAAAACAAGGACAUGGUUUACUCUUUUUCUUUUUUGCAGAAGAACAUAUUUUAGGAUAUUGGUCAGGACUGAAAUCCCUAAAUGUGUGUGUGUGUGUGUGUGUGUGUGUGUG